CGAGCGAAAGCAGACAUGGAGGAGCUGAGCGCCGUGGGAGAGCAGGUUUUUGAUGCGGAGUGCAUUUUAAACAAACGACUGAGAAAGGGAAAGUUGGAGUUUCUUGUGAAGUGGAGGGGAUGGUCAUCCAAACACAACAGCUGGGAGCCCCAAGAAAACAUCCUUGACCCAAGACUACUGGCUGCUUUCAACAAAAAAGAGCAAGAAAAGGAGCUUCUGAUGCUCAAGAGAGGCAAAAGGCCAAGAGGACGACCACGGAAAAUCCUAGAAAAUGUGCCUGAAGCUCCACAGUCAAGCAGCUCUUCGUCUGGCUCAUCAUCAUCCUCCGAUUCCUCAUCCUCAUGCUCCUCCUCUUCCUCCUCAACAGACGAUGACGAUGACGACAGCAUUAACCGGGCGAACCAGAGUGUCAGAACACGGGACCUUCAUCCUGUCCCUCAGAAGAAGGCACAGAUUGUCAUGGCAAAACAGGAUCCCCCAAAGAAACGAAGCAGGAAACCUCUGCCCCCUGAAGUGAAGGAAUUUCAGCAGAACAAGGGCCCUCGCAAAAUCCUGAAGGCAGCCAAAGAUAUAGAUCUUCCAGGAGUUAUCAAAAAGCCUGUUCAUCCGGCCAGUUUCGCCUUCAUGGGUUUUCAUCGGGGCUCGGCCAGAGAUACAGUGGGUGGUCAGAACCGGGGCAUAGUGACCCAGGGUGGGGCUAUUAAAAGCUCCUUGAGCUCCAUGGGAUCUGGCAGGUCAGCCCAACCUGCCUCCUUCUCCCUGAACAAAUCCAGCCAAAGCAGGAAUUUUUUUAGUAUGAACAGUGGGACAAGUCUGGAUCUGAAAGCAGCUGCUAGCAAAUCCAAAGGGGUAGCAGCGAUGAAUUUGAAUACAUCCAGACACCCUAUUCAAGGAACAACUGCGCAUACACAAAGCUCAUCCUCCAGUGGACAAAAAAAACCCCAGGGCCCUGUGUCAGCACUGCAGCAGAUGCCCCAUACUAAAGCAGUGUCUUCCUUAGCAUCUAAAACUGCCUCCUCCAAUCAUGGCUCUAACCUUCAACCGCUCAACCUUCAGAACAAACUGGCAGAAAGCAACGACGCUGGAAAUGGCACUGCCACAGUAUCAGGCCUGAGGAAUGCAGCGAGCCCAGCAAGAAAAACUACUGUCACACAAAAUCAGGAGUAUAAUUCUCCUAAUAGUCCUGUGACCCCUGGAAAAUCACAGGUCAGAAAGAGCCAGUCUGGAGCAGACAAGGUCAAGGAGGCAGCUGAAAUUCAGACCUCCAGUGUCCAAGCCAGGCUGGAGAAGAGCAGUGUACAUACUACAGAGGCCCGGAGUCAGCAAGAGAGGUCAGCCUCCAAAGAUGGCAAGAAAGCCAAAAUGAAUGACAUAAGCACAGGUGAAGAGGACAGCAGCUCAGACUCCGAUCAGGAUUCUUCCUACAACAGACAAAAUUGCUCAGUAUCGGUCCAGAACCAGGACUGGAAGCCCACGCGUAGCCUGAUAGAACAUGUGUUCGUAACAGAUGUCACUGCUAAUCUAGUCACCGUCACAGUCAAGGAGUCUCCUACCAGCGUGGGCUUCUUCAGCAUUCGCAACUACUGACACUGCAAACCACGCGGGCUUCGAAGCAGAGGCGAUCUGGGUUCUGAAGGAAUUAGACAAACCCAGAAUUUUUGAAGAACACAUCAGGGAAUAAAGGUUGAUUUGCUCAUCCUCUUUUUCAUUAAAACAACCUAUUUUUAGGUUUAAAAAGGGAAAAAAAAACAAGUGAACAACCGAUAAUCUCAGAAAUCUUUGUAUGAAAUUGCAUUGUUACUGGGGUCCUGGAGAAAAAUAACCUCAUCACAUUCAUCAUAUAAGUAACUCCAUGUAGGCUGUUGAAUCGGUGAAAUAUUAGCAGUCAUGCUUUCAUUAACAGUGAUCAGUUUCUCUAUUGAUGAGAUCAUUACAGCAGCUAGGAGGAAUGUCUUAAUGAAGAACUUAUUAAAGGAUAGGCAUGAUAGCAUUUUUAUGGGUAGCAGACUUUUAGCUGAUGUGAAUUCACACAGUAUCAGUCACUGGCCAAUGUAAACUAGUUUUUAAAUCUUAGUCUAGUAUUGUUUAUUUGGUAAUGCUACUUAAAUUAGCUACCUCUGUUUAUUCAACAUUGCCUACAUGUGUAUAUUCAUUUCUUCUGGGAUAGGAAAACCUUUCCCUCCAGGGUAUACCAUCACUGUGUCCAUAGAAUCCUCCUAUAAAUGUGCUGGGCUCUCACGGUGUAUAAACGUGGUAGUGCCAGUGACCAGUUCGAACAGGAGACAACAGCUUCACUUCUGUGCCACACUGUGUUGACCUGUGCUCACCGUUAUCAUUUCAAAAAGAACUUUCAUUCCACAGUGCAGCCAGUUUAUCAGCUCAGUUUUCCAAACGGGCUGAAGCAUGCAGGGAGUCAGAUACGGUAUCUUGGUUCCUCUCCGGCGUUCAGAUAAGAGCUGGCUGAGGUUUGUUCUUCUGCCUUUUGCAUCAGUUCUGUCCUUCAGUGAGGUACAGCACCCACCAGCAAUUUUAAUCUUCUCUGACUCGUAAUUAACACAGACAAAAGCCAGAGAGCGAGUGGGAUGAUCGUGGACAGUACCGCAGACGAGGCUUCUCCCUCGGCCUGUCAGAGCCUCCCAGGAACCUUUGACAUUGCUGAAGGCGAUUGCUUUGAACCCACUGUAGGACAAGUUGGAUGUGGACAAAGCUCGACAACAAACUGCUCUGCAGUGUUUGUAGCUGAUCAUAAAACGCCAGAUUUCAUUGUGUCUUGCUGGUGUUUCAUAUAUCUCAAAUGUCCAGUAAUGAAAUACCUUUUUUAAUAAUUGGAGCUGCAGACAUCUCAUUUCACCUGCAUGUGGGGGUUGAGGAGCUGCCAGCCCUGGAUUCCCAGAGAGGAAAACAAAGGUCUUUAUCUGAUGCAACAGAAAAGAAACCGCAACAAUGUGCGCUACUUUCUGCUCCCUUGAGAGGAGUUCAGCAACAAAGCACUUCGACUGAACUCUCCUGUCUAAUCCUGCUCUGCAGACUGUGCCUUUCUUUUUCUCAAAGACUGAACACAAAGGCAUUACCCCAAAGAUGGCUAGAAUUUCAGGUUGUUCAGUAAAGAAGUGCCCCUAGAGCCUUGCUUGAAGACUGUACUGUUUUUGCUUUCUGGUCCAUAUUGCUUUGAAACACAAAGAAACCUUGCUGGAAGACUUAUCACUAAUGUACAGAACACAAGACGAUAAAUAUGCGAUGCCUUAUUUAAAUAACUGGUUUAGGUCCAAGUUUUAAAAGCAGUUUCAUUAAAGAUCAGCUGAAAAGAAAAAAGGAGUGCAUUCUCGUAUGUAUGUUACAAGUAAAAAGCAUUUGGUGUCUUGUCAGUAUCAAAUCAAGGAUUCGGCAGUAGGUAAAGAUUAGUCUAGGUUCAAUCAGAACGUCACCGCCACCAUGUUACAGACUAUGGGGUAAUGCAAGGUAUCUAUAUAAAAAUCUUAUGUUUCCUUCAUGUUUUAUUGUAUCUGCUUUUUGUAAUUAAUGGAAAGAAAGAACUCUGUAAAUGUCUUCAGUUUUGGUCUUUUUUAGAUCUACUAACCAUUUAAAUUGAAUGUUCUUUUUUUUUUUUUUACACUAUUUAUUUCAAAUUGAGAGCCUUUCAGGGUAGGGCAGUGUCAUCAAUCACUGUAUUGAGCCACUUGUCAAUUUAACUAAUAAAUGGUACAAACUUGUGUGACUUUUUUUA